AUUUAAUGCGUAGUCCGUGGCUCCCUUGGGCUUCGUCUUCAUAGUUUCACAGUUGACAGCAUAUUUAAUUAUUUAUAUACAAACACGGAUUGAAGAACGAGGGUUGAAGCCCCAACACGAUGAAAUGAAGAUCGAAAACGCCACAUUGAGAUCUACUUCUCUUCCUUUUCGCUCACCCACUUAACCCCCCCAACCCUAUUCUCUAUUCAGAUCCCUCUCUACCCAAACCCCGCCACGCGAUGCGUUUCAAAUCGGAGUCAUAAACCCCCGCAUCUCGCACGAUCCGACGCCGUUUCGUGAAAAAUGGGUGCGAGUCAGUCAGUGCAAGUGGUGGAAGACAGCGAAGAAGAAGAAGAAGAAGAAGAAGAUGAGAGGAACCUCAACGGGCCCUUGAUGGGCCGGGCCCAAUUGGGCAACCACAUGGUGAAGAAGGUUCUGGAACAGGAGCCCGAGAUGCUGCCGUGCCACGCGUCGGCGUCUCCGCUCUCGCCGCAGCUCUCGUCCCUCGGGACGCCGCGGCUCGGCCCCUCGAUCAAGGUCUGGGACCCCUACAACGUCCUUGGCCCGCCGCCCCCGCUUCCGUCGCCGCCCGCGCUGUCCCGGAGCUUUUCGGGGAACGGGAUGGUCGCCGUGGCGGACGACGAGGCGGUGACGGAGGUUUUCCUGAUCAGCCACGGCGAGUGCGAGCUGAAUCUGGCGCCGGAUUUGGUUGGCGGCCGCUGCCCCGCCGCCGCACUGACGGCCAACGGGAAGCGCCAUGCCAGGGCUCUGGCCGUGUUUCUCAAGUCGCAGGGGGUUCGGUUCAGCGCCGUGUAUUCGUCCCCGCUGGAUCGGGCGCGGUCCACGGCGGUGUCGGUGUGCAAGGAAGUCAAUUUUUCAGAGGAACAAAUUCAAUCCACAGAUGCUCUUGCAGAGAUUAGUCAAGGGAAUUGGGAAGGCUGCCUUCGAUCAGAAAUAUAUACUCCCGAAAUUCAGGGCUUAAUUGACAGGUUCCAGCCAGAUUUUACUGCACCUUCUGGUGAAUCACUUAGACAAGUAGAAUUCCGGAUGAUUCACUUCUUAAAUGGAACUGUCCUUGCAUUACAUGAAAAACUAUUAGAUUUAUCAUCACAUCAAAAUGACAACCAGGCAUUUGCACAGAACAACUCCCAUGCUCUUCUCACUAACUCACUUCACGACCAAGAUGGACCUUCUCUCCCUCCAAACCAAUGGGAUUUGCUCAACAGGCACCGGCCUCCAUUCUCAAGGAAAAAGUCUGGUAAGAGCAGACUACAAUUUGUGACAACCACUGGUGAUGAAAUUGAAGAUGAAAUUUCUUCUGGCAAUGUAAACCACGGAAGUUCUCUGCAUAAUUCUGGUUUCAGCAGCUUUUCACCAACUGUGUCUUGUAUAGGACUAUUUACUCAUUCUCUGCCAAUUAAGUGUCUCCUGACUGGCCUUCUUGGAUGUAGCCCUCUGAUGUCACAUAAGUUUUGCAUAGAAGACUCUUCAGUGACUGUGUUGCAGCAUUCUCUGAGAACUGGUUGGCAGAUAAAAAGGCUGAAUGAUACUGCACACCUUAGGCUUCUCUAGUUAGGGAAGCUGUACUUAAGAAUCUGAAUUUUUGGCAAUGGUUUGGAUAUAAAUUUAGUUGGUUGUUGAUAUUCACCUAUUCACAUGAAAUGAGGUCUUUCAUUGUAACCUUUAUUUAUUUCUGCACUGAUCUAUUCCAAAAGAGGAAUGAUGCAGGAGUUGGAUUGUUGUAUUAAUUCUUUCUGGUUUGUAGCAUUACUGAAGUUGUUGUUAUACAUCUACAUGCCAUGUAUUUCCAUGUGCUUAAAAAGAUACAAUUGUUUCGGAAUUCAAUAGCUUUGAAGAUAGUAUUUUUAUCCUAA